AUGAAACCUACGUCGAGUCUAAGUUUAAAACCCUGGUCUAAUAUUCACCCUCCACUACCCCGUACCCCUCGACAAUCGCAGCAACUCCUCAAAGCCCUUACGUCUUCCUUCCGUCGUCAACUCGAUCGGGAAUACCCCCCAAGGGUCCCCUCAGACCGAGAGGACUCUGGGGAUCGUAUCCCGGAGAAUCCAAACUCGUCUGUACAUGCAACCGAUCGACAUCUCCGAGCUAUCUUGGACAAUCCGCUGUUUCGGAUAGUACCCUCGAAAUCUGCUGCUGAUCGCAAUGGUGGAAUGGCAAGCAGACAACAGCAGAGACUCGCAAAAGAACCAAUGGUUGUGUUUGAUGAAUUGGUUGCCUCAGGUUCGGUAACGCUGCCGACUCUACGCGACUGUUUGAAAUCUCAGAUGCUACUGGCAAGCCGCUAUACCGGAAGUGGCUUUGUAAAGGCCAUGAAAGACUCGAGAGCUGGAUCGAAGGUUGUCAGUUGGUGGCUUGCCUCCGACACACCGGCAAGGAAGAUGCUGUUUAAAUCCCGAGCAGCAACCACUACUUUGGUAAAGUUUUUAGUUGCGGAAGGAUCUCAAGGAGUGGUUUUGACUUGGCUCAGGAUGCUAGCGGAUCAUGACAUUGGAGGCCAGAGCGGCAAACUGCCAGAGAAUAUUGCGCAACAGGUGUUUCGCUAUCUUCUAGUUGAUUUAAUAGCCGCCGAAACCCAAUACGGUCAAGGGUUGAAUUCAGCCAUGCGAGACUACCUACAGGCUUGCAAAAUGCAAAUGUCGAGGGAUAAUGCGGUCUCCAACCUUUCCUGGAAAUCCUUGUUUCGCCCGGCAAGCAUUCACUUAUGUGAGAGCUUGAUACAAAGUUCACGGUCUAGCUCGAAAGAUCUUGACUGGUCUAUCUACGAAGAGUACAUCGAAAGCCUCUCCACACUGUCACUGAAACCAUGUCUGCUAGCCACACUUCCGCUAUAUCACCCCACUCAUCCCAACCCCCGACCAUUUCUUGAGUUCGUGGAUACACUACCUCCUGGCCGAGUGGACUCGUUGGUAGAAAUGAAACGAGAAAGUUUUAUGCGCGCCGGCUUUGAUGCUCUUCAUCUUCUCGUGGAUCAGAACAAUCGACGGGAUGCUUUACACCUGGCACGUUUCUUGCAACAGCAGCUGCUCGAGAAAGCUGACUCGGAAAGUGUAUCCGGAACAAAUCAGCGCGCUUAUGCAGAGAGAGAAGAUUUACUGACAGAGCUUGACUUGGCAUUGGCUUGA